AUGGAUGCCAAUGACGAUGGGAUCGAUGUCCAUGAUGACGAAGACGAAGAUGCUGGCAUAUUCAGCAUCGCCAAUGACCGCCAAAGUGAGGACGAUGAUACCCUCACUGGUGAAGACUACGUUCUUUCAGCAGUGCACACGAAGCGCACUGCUGCUGACAAAGAUGAAUCAUCAGAGAAAUUUCUGCUGACUGGCGAAGCGGUUGUUCGCUUCGUUCUAGACUCCAUUGCAGAUGCACUAGACAGAAGAUAG